GUUUUAACUUUGACCAAUCGUUAUAGUUUCCCUUUAUUCUUCCAAAUAAUCAAAUUAACAAUAUCGAAUCUUGGUUUGGAAACUUCAUGUAUUUGGGAUCGAUUUCCAGAAAAGUUUGUUUUGGGGGCAACAUUUUAAUACAGAGAAAGUUUAACGCAAAUUCUAAUGUACAUUCCAGUUUGUGUCGUACGCAUGCCCUGCCGCGAACUGCGCAUGAGUGACAGACCUUAUCCUGAUUGGUCAACCAUGAUCAAUGACGUCGUUGAUACUUUACUUCCGAAGAUGAAAGAGAUGCCGUUUGGAUUGUUCGGGCACAGUUUUGGAGCUCUGCUCGCAUUUGAGAUCGCUCGUAAUCUCAGAGAAAAUCAUGCAUUGCGACCAAAACACAUGUUUCUCUCCGGGACAUUUGCACCACACGGUGACCAAAGAAAACGCGACCGUGCCCAAUUUGUCAAGCUGGCGGAUGCCACUGAUGAAGAAUUUGUAGCCAGUCUGAAACAAAAUGGCGGCACACCCAAGGAGCUUCUCGAAAACGAGGCUCUUCUGAAUAUCUUCCUACCAAGUUUGAAACAGGACUUCCGAUUGGUUGGACAAUAUAGAUUUGAGGGGCAUGGCCCUAUGCUGGAUUGUCCAGUCACAUUCUUCGAUGGAUUACAAGAUAAAAAGCACGACAUUGAAGUUUGGCGAGAGAUGACGUCAGCAGAAUUCAACACCCAGUUUCUUCCCGGUGGUCAUUUCUUUCUUCUCGACAAAAGCAACGAGAUCAAAAUUAUUGACCACGUGAAGUCUAAACUUCGUUAAGGUCAAAGGUCAACUAAGGUCAAUGGAGGUCCGAAUCAGAAUCACAAGGUAUUGUACUGCAGUGAAAAAGCCAGUGAUAUCGAAUUAAGGACAGCCACACGGAUUGGUUUGAAAACACGCACUGCAAACAGUGUAGUGUUAAUUUAACACCAUUCGGUAUCUAUAUAGGACAACGCCAGUAAAAUAUAACUCCAUAUGGUCCUAUAUAGAUACCAACAGUGUAAAUUUAACACUGCAGUUUUUGCAGUGUGGGGUAAAACAAAACCGGUGGUGUCUCUAACUUCAAUUCAGUUUAACGGAUUUUUUUAUUCGAGUAUUAUGGCCUCCCAAAUUAUUCUUUAGUCUAUAAGACGAAGCGGAUGCCGCAAAAAUGAGCCGACAUUUGGAAAACGCAGCAAACUAACCCGCAACAAACGCUAAAUGACAGAUAGUUUUUUGUGUUCAAAUACAAUCAUUUUCACAUAACAGAAACACCGCUUUAAUCAACACAUGGGUGCUACAUUGUUUUAUCAUUUUAAAUCUUCAGAUGACUUUUAAUUUCUCAUCUUGUACCUGGCAACAAAACUUGAUUUCUUGCUCCAAAUCUGGCACUCGUUUAACCUUUUUAAAAAGUUUUUCAUGCAUCUUGUUGCAAAUAAAAUGUCCGAUUCUUACUCGAGAAAAGAAGCCCGACUUUUUGACAGUAACUUUGAAUGAGUGGUCAUCCCUGAGAACAUAUUAACUUUUCAACAGUUUCCAGAGCAAAAUUCCAACAAAAUGGCUUCAUAAUCAAAAUUUAAUACUUCCAUUGAAAAAGACCCCAGCGGUAUAUCGCACAAUUAAAAAAAAGGGUGUCAUAUCAGAUGCGUUUCGACAUUUCUUCUCGACAAUAGGUUGCAAAAUACAAAGUAUGCUCCUUCAAUUAAAUCUCCUUCAUAAGAUAUUAUUAAAUAAACGGCAUUUCAAAAUAAGUAUUACUCUAAAAUAAAUUUGACAAAUAUUUAUUUUUCUAAACAUACUUUCAAAAACGCAUUGCCUAGAAACAAAACAGAUUCGAUCCUCGUUGAUAUUAAAAGUAAAAAUGCAUAAACAUGUCUAUAAAUCAAUAUUUCAUUUUUUCAGCUAUAAACAACAGUAGUUACAAUACACCAAUUCUAAUAGUUUCCAAUUCGUUAGAGAUUACUACGCAGUGCAAACACUGAAUAUUCAUAAGAUCAGCUUAAAGUGGCAACGUUUAGCACAUUAUUUGUGAUAUUGAGAAAGAAGGGAAUACUGCUUUUGCCACAUUAUCAAAUGCAAAGAUUUGAUCGUUCUAUUGUCAACUAAAUACUGACCUAAGCAUACCGACCUAAUAAAAAAAACACCAGAAAGAAAGGAAAAUUCAAAAUUGUUUAGUUUGAGAAUCCCAACCGUUUUCAAGUAGUCCCAUAACAAAUGGCUACAAGAAUAGUAAACUUGGAACCAAAACAAAAACAUGUUGAAAAGUACAAUUUUCUGCAAAGCACCAUAAUGACCAAUACCCAUCAGACAGAGAACAGUUAUUAUUCACAUUAAAAUGACAACCUUCCUAAGCUCAACAAAUCAUUUCUGACAUUUUUUAGUUCGAACUUUGCAUACUUGUCUUGAGUUUUAACGAUCUCGACACGAGUGUACUAUUUUGCUGGAGAAUGUUUCUGAAAGAAGGAAAA